GGUGAACAUUCACUGCCAGCGUUCAGUGCUGAAUUCACGCGAAAACCGCUGCUAAUAUUGGCGCGGGAAACGCGACGCGACGGGUGUGCCGGGUUGGGCUCAGGGCGGGCGGCGCGCGCAUCCACCACUCCAACAUUUAACCCGUUUUGAAAACAACAUCUACGCACAAAGGAGUUCAAACAUAACAUAUGUUCGCCCUGCAAGCGUGACUUUGCAUUAGUGAUACAUCAGUCGCCUGUUCCUGAAAUGUGCAGCUCUCUCCAACAGAAUCAGUAAAAAGAAACAAAUCAAGAUGACGAUCGUAGUAAAUCCUGCGAGAACUGAUUCAACAGAAGACUUGGCGACACCAACCAAUCCCAUUCCCAAUCCCAUUCCCAAUCCCAUUCCCAACCCUAUUCCCAAUCCCAUUUCCAAUAUCAAUGCCAUUGGGUUAGAGUUGCCCCUAUCUAGCCCCUCUCCAACUGAGGAGCCAAUGCUCAACGAUGAAUAUGUCGAAUAUGGCAGUCCACAAUCCGACAUUGAAAAUGACAAUGGGAACUCUAGUAGUAACUCUCCAGAAUCUCCUCCCAAUAAUCUUUAUGAUGACGAAACUCAAAGUGAUAUAGUGUUCGUGGCUGGUAUUAACGGUGACACGUACCGUUUCCCCGGCCACCGCCGGGUUCUAGCUGCUACAAGUCCUGUUUUUGCUGCGCUACUAUCAGCAAAGACAGAUAUUAUUGUUGUCGAUUAUAUCGACCAUCGAGGUUUCGAGAAUUUGCUUCGCUACUACUAUUGUGAGCCUACUCAACUCAACACAGUUCACACAGCUAGAUCUACGCUCGAUGCCGCCUACAAAUUUUUAUGUCCCCAACUUACCGAGCGUUGCGCUCGUAAGCUCGAUGAAAUGCUAGACGCUGAAGUUGCACUGGAUAUUUUACGAGAUUUGCGCUUCUUGUGCGCAAGGCUUCCAGGAGCAGCAUCAGCACCACCGUUGCCAACGCUGUCAGAUGAUCGAGCAGCUCGCUCACACGCACAAUGCGCAAGUUGGUGCGACAUGCUGGCACAUAAUACUCUUCUUGUGUUAGAUGACAACGCAGAUGCAGCGCUCCAACACGAAAAAAUAGAAGAUCUGACCUACGAAGAUCUUGCGUUGAUCGUAAAGCGUGACACUCUUCGGGUAUCGAACGAACUUGUUUUGAUUGAGGCUUUAUCACGAUGGAGCACGGCAGUUUGCAAAAGAUAUAAACGUGAGUUGACGCCCAGUAACAAACGGGCUGCUCUUGGUGAGCUUUCAUAUUGCCCCCGCUAUUUGCUACUUCAGGGUGAGGAAUUAGACCGAGCUUUAGGAUUUGAAUUAUUGGAGCCGAUGGAACGGGCGUUGGUUUUAGCUCGUGCUAGGAAAUUAUCGGCUCCGAUUCCCGUGGGAACUCACCAAGAGAAUUUACUUCGCCGUUGGGCUCGUCCCAGACCAAAAGAACCGGCUGCAGCUCCAGUUAAGUUAAGUGUUCGUUCAGAGCCUGAACAGGAAGAACCACAGGCAACGAAACUCUGUGCUCGUCGUCCAAAACGCCUGAAACAACCCAAAUAUCAGAUAGAGGAUCCUUAUUCUUACAACUCAUAUGUAAACAAAAAAGGCUGCUGUUCUAAAUUUGCGGAUGGCUUAAUACGAGCGUUAAUUUGUAUAUUUGAAUAGAAAGAUCUUAUAAAAAUUUAUUAAAUUAAACAAGAACAUAAAUGUUAUAAAAUAAUCCAUAUCUUCUAUCUUUCUUCUUAAAAAAACGGACGUUCUGCUUUUGUGUUAUAUGUCUUAGAAAUAACACCUUCGUGUAAGAAAAGGCAGAUAAUAGAAAGAUACUUGGAUUGUUUGCUACAUAAUAUAUAUUAUACAUUUUUGAGAAAUUGGAAAGAAAUUGAUGUAGUAAUAACUAUUAGCGGGAGUAGAGAAAUCUGAAUCAAAAGAAUUAAUAUGUAGAAUUAACAUUAAUAUUUUGAUAUGGAAAGCUUGUAUACAUUCGUAAUUAAUGUAGCUCAGCUGCAUAUCUUGUAGUCUUUUCAAAUUAGAUUAAAUACAUAUUAAAACUCGCUUAUGUUAUGUAAAUUUAUGUAUAGUUAAAUCAAAUUGUGGGACAAUAUGGCAGAAAUUUAUACAAAAAUUAGGUGCACAAACAUAAUUUCUACUAAGUUUUUGUUAACGCUGUUAUUCUUUAAAGAAAAUUUUAUUGCAUUAACGCAACGAUUUACUUAUAUUUGUUGCUUAGUAUGUACCUUAUUUUUAAAUAGGAUUUCAGUUAUCUUAGUUGUAUAAUUGCUCCUUAUAUAGGAUACUGAUGUUUCCUAAUUAUUAAUUUUUUUGCUAGUCGAUAGCUUAAGUACAUUGUUAUUUUUACUAUAUCCGUAUUUAUAGUUAAUUUUUGUAUUUUAAUAUUUCAACGCACCAGCGUUCGUAAAGACGACAACGAUACGACACCUCGUAUCGUUUGUAAUUUCAUUACAAAUAUAAACAAUGUAAGAACAUAUUAUUUGUUAUAAUUAAGCCGUUUAUAGGAAUUAAGGCAGUGCCAUAACAAGUAGAUCAUACAAGUAAGUUACUUCUCAUCGUCGAAAUUUGAAACUUCAUCUGUAAAUAUUGCUCACAACCUAAUAUAAAGUAAAUUUGAAUGUAUUUUCGUACUAUUUCAAAUACGAAUUCUUCUUAUGAAUUUUUCUACGUAUCCUUUUACAUGAGAUAUAAAUAUACAGUCAUGGGAUAAUCUCUUAAAGAAAAUACUUCUACGAAAGGUAUUUCUUUUAAACUUUUGUUUAAUUUGCUUCGGAAGAAUAUUGUCAUUUGAAUGAGAAUAUUAUUGUCUUCUGAAUUGGUGAUUAAUGAAAUAAGAUUUGCUGGUGAAUAAAAUUAUCAACUAUAUAAACCUUGAUUGUCAGGAAAUUGUCUAUAUAAUUUAAUAAAAUUUUGCGUAUCAAGUUCUAGGUGUAUUAAAAUAAUUACUUGUAUUACCAUUCUGUGAAACUUAAGUUUUUGGUGUUUUAUUUUUAUAAUUUCUAUUGAAUAGAAAUUUAUAAAAUUCGUUAUAACAAGAUCUAUGCAUGUCUACCAAAGAUUUUUUUAAUAUACCAACCCAUUCAUAUCUAUUUUUCAUAGCUGGUUCAUAGGGAUUUUAUUCGCUGGCAACGUCUGUAAAAGUAAAUAAAUUUUAUUAUAGAAUACGAAUACCUGCAAAUUGGUAUAAAUCUCAAAUUAGGUAUUAACUUUGCAUUUACAACCUAAAAUUAUGUUACCAUUAUAAUAUUACAAUUAAAUUGUACCUUCUUUUUUAAAUGAAUGUUUAACAAAUUAGAAAUUAUUUGCAUUAAAUGUAAUCAUUAAUCAAUGUAGUCAAAAUAUGAAAGUGUCCAGCUCAAAGCUGAAUGUAUGUAUU